AUGAGUGAUGGAGCUAACACAACCGCACCCAUUUGGAAUUCUUGCAGUUUUGGAAUGGAAAUGCAAACCAAUGAGCUGAAUUGCGGCCCUGAGCAACUUGCCAAUUGCUUUCUCAAUCCCAAUUGGGACAACUCAUUGGAUCAGAGCGAUCCCUUUGAGUCUGCUUUGAGCUCCAUUGUCUCAUCUCCUGUAGCAUCCAGUGCCAAUGCCAACGCCAUUUCUAAUGCUGGCGUUGGUGAUGACAGUUUUAUGAUCAGAGAACUUAUUGGCAGACUAGGAAACAUUUGCAAUUCUGGAGAGAUUUCGCCACAAUCUUAUGUUAACAACAGUAACAAUAGCACUAACACUUCUUGUUAUAAUACCCCAUUGAAUUCUCCUCCAAAGCUGAAACUUUCAACGAUGGAUUCACAGAUGAGAGGAAAUCUGCCAAUUCUUGGAAACAGCUUAGUAAACCAUCCAAGUUUAGCACCAUUUCCGGCUGAUUUUGUAGAGAGGGCUGCACGAUUUUCCUGCUUUGGUAGCAACAAUCUUGGAGGCUUAGAUGAACAAUUCGGAGUGAAUGAAUCUGAAUUGAUUAAUAGGUUGAUGCCACGAGUGGAACCUGGUAAGCUCUCGAGAAUUUCGAGUAACCAUUCAAUGAAAGUCACUGGAUCGCAACCAAAUGUUCAAGAAAGCAAUAAGAGCUCACCCCAGGAUGGGAAUUUGAAUUCUGAUAAGAAAUUCGGUAGGUUGUCAAGGCCUUCAACACCAGAGAAUGGAGAUUCCAGGGAGGAAUCUUCAGUUUCUGAGCAGAUCCCAGGUGGGGAAUUGAGCAUGAAAUCCCAGAAAGAUGCCAAUGCCAGGAAAAGAAAAUCAAUUCCCAGAGGAAAAGCCAAAGAAACUCCCUCUUCAUCUCCCUCUGCUUCUGAUGUCAAGGUUGCAGCAGAGAAUGAUGAAUCGAGAGCAAAAAGAAGCAAAUCAGCUGAAUCUAAUGGCAGUGACAAGGAUACAGCAAAGACCAAGGAAGAAGAAAAUGGAAAUCAGAAACAGAAUAAAGAUAAUUCAAAGCUACCAGAGCCACCAAAGGACUAUAUCCAUGUCAGAGCCAGAAGGGGUCAGGCUACAGAUAGUCACAGUCUUGCUGAAAGGGUUAGAAGAGAGAAAAUCAGUGAAAGAAUGAAGUUCCUUCAGGAUCUUGUUCCCGGGUGCAAUAAGGUUACCGGGAAAGCAGUGAUGCUUGAUGAGAUUAUAAACUAUGUGCAGUCAUUGCAGCGCCAGGUUGAGUUUCUGUCAAUGAAGUUGUCGACUGUGAAUCCGAGGAUGGAAAUUAACAUGGAAACUUUGUUGUCCAAGGAUAUUUUCCAAUCUCGUGGAUCUAUGCAACCUGGUCAUUGUCCAUUAGAUUCGUCUGCACCGGUAUUCCCUUAUGGUUACCAAUCUCAGCAAGGGUUAGCCCUACAAAAUGGCAUGUCCGGUAAUGCAGAAACCCAUUUCUCUAUGAACUCAUUAAGUGCUGCAUUGCGGCGAAGCCCAAGUAUGCAGCUGCCUCCCCUUGAUGGUUUCGGUGAUGCUGCUGCUCAUCAGGCCUCAACAAUGUGGGAAGACGACCUUCAAAGUGUUGUGCAGAUGGGAUUUGGCCAGAAUCAUCAGCAGAGCUUUCAAGGCACAGUGCCAUCAACUCAGAUGAAAAUUGAGCUAUAA